GGGAAAUUGUUGUGCAUAUAUAUGUUUAACCGAUUUCUCUUUUCUAUUAAUGGAUCUGAAUAAACCGACGAUGCUAUUCGUAACUUUUUGGAUAAUGCUGCCAGUCCUUGAUUUAAUGCACUUCUCGCAGGCAGAUUCGAUCACACAGUCUCGAUCGGUUCGGCUGGACUGCGUCAGAGCUCACGAACAGUGUUUGUCGAAGUACGGCUGCAGCACGAAGUACCGAACCAUGAGACAGUGUGUGGCCGGGAGAGCGAGUAACUUCAGCAUGCUGGCUGAACCAGAGGCGCAGGACGAGUGCCGAAACGCCAUAGAGUCCAUGAAACAGAGUCCUCUGUACGACUGCAAGUGCAGGAGAGGGAUGAAGAAAGAGAAGAACUGUCUGCGUAUCUUCUGGAGUAUAUACCAGAGUUUACAGGCCAAUGAUUUGCUGGAGGACUCGCCAUAUGAGCCAGUAAACAGCCGUCUGUCUGAUAUUUUCCGUCUGGCUCCCAUCAUUUCAGGUGAGGCAGCCUUUACCAAGGAUAACAGUUGCCUGAACGCCGCCAAGGCCUGCAACCUGAACGACAUGUGUAAGAAGUACCGCUCAGCCUACAUCAACCCCUGCACGAGUAGAGUCUCUACUACGGAGGUGUGUAACAAACGCAAGUGCCACAAGGCCCUGCGGCAGUUCUUUGAUAAGGUGCCACCGAAGCACAGCUACGGGAUGCUGUUCUGCUCCUGCCCCUCUGGGGAUCACUCGGCUUGCUCCGAGCGCAGACGUCAGACCAUCGUUCCUGCAUGCUCCUAUGAGGACAAGGAAAAACCCAACUGUCUCUCCUUGCAAGCCUCUUGCAAGACUAAUUACAUUUGCAGGUCUCGUUUAGCUGACUUCCUCACCAACUGUCAACCUGAGACUCGCUCCAUUUCAGGGUGUCUGAAGGAAAACUAUGCCAACUGUUUGCUGGCAUAUUCAGGCCUCAUAGGUACGGUGAUGACUCCUAACUACCUGCGUGACCCCGGCAUCAGCGUGUCACCUUGGUGUGACUGUAGCAGCAGUGGGAACGGAAAAGCAGAAUGUGACAAGUUUACAGAAUUCUUCACCAACAACCGUUGCCUCCGCAAUGCUAUCCAGGCGUUUGGUAAUGGCACAGAUGUUGGGGUGUGGCAACCCCAGCCACCCAUCAUGUCCACACCACCUGUCUCUUACACUCCUCAGAGAGGGCGAGACAGGACAUCCAAUGCACAGGAUGACUCAAAACUCACCAACGACCUGGACACAAAUGCAGACCGUCUCUACAGCUUUUGUGGAAGUCUGAAGGCUCAGAAAGUGAAAAGGAAUGUUACUCUGGAUGUUCUUUGUGUGGAUCCGUCGCUGUAUGACCCCAGUAGCUUAAAUGCAAUUCCACAGAGCUCAACUAGUGCUGUCUGCUCAUUGAACUUGACUGUGAUGCUCCUCUGUCUGGUCCUCAUUCUUCAGCCUGGGCAGCUUAUAGACCCACAGACAUUAUAGCCGCUCAGCGAUCAAACCUGCUGGACUGCUUCUGCUGCCUCUGUACCAUACAAAAAUUUCAUAUUUCAGUUGUUUUCCACAAGUGGUGCUGUGCACAGUGUGGUGUUUCGGUGUGAUGAAACUUUCUUUGGUCCUUCUUUCUCACUAAUCGGCGGUAAAGGCAAAACACUGAAGUAUCAGGACAUCAGUGGAAGGUCAUCUGGAUUACUUCUGUUGACAUAAUGCAAAAACUUAAGUGGCACAUUGCGUCGCAAACCUUUUCUAUAACAUCUGAGCAAGAUCUAAGGUUGGACUGGUUGAGAAUUUAGAGAUACAUGGAGACGUGAGAACUUCUGACAAUGAAAGAUUGACUGCAAUUUGGCACCUGCAUACUAGGGUACUGCUGCUGGGAAUUUGCCACAGGAAAGCCUGCAAACUCUAACUUCUGCUCUAACAGUAUUAAGCAGCAUACAAUAUUUUCUGAAGGCUUAUCAGCAGAACCUGCUGCUCCUGUCGAUUACUAGGACCUACAAACCUUAUUUUUCCUCAAAGUGGCACUGACUUCCGGCUGUGGCUCCUGCUAAGAUGAUAUGGUAUGAACAUUUCUGAACAUCAGGAUAGACAGGACACUUUAUCACAUAAAAAAAAAAAAAGAUUUUUUCGGAGUUUGUGGACUCCCUUGAAUUUGUAAAUGUUUCAUCUAUUCUAGUUCUCUUCCUCUGCAGUGAAACAUGCUCUGAGGAUGAGAGUUGAGUACCAGUUUCCUUAUGCGAGGAACUUUUGGGACUUGCCAUUCAUCCUGGAUAGUUUCUUGUAAAAUAAAUAAAUAAAUAAAUAAAUAAAAAUUAAAAAAAAAAGAAAGUGUUUCAAUUACAAAAUUCUCAUCAUUUACUCACCCUUAUGCCAUCCCAGUUGUAAGACUUUCUUUCCACUGCUGAACACAAACAAACUUUUUUAGGUCUAUACAAUGCAAGUAAAUUGUGACCAAAACUUUGAAGCUCCAAAAAAGCACAUAAAGGCAGCAUAAAAGUCCAUAUGACUCCAGUGGUUUAAUGUAUGUUUUCUGAAGCAAUCCAGUUGGUUUUGUGUGAGAACUAACCAAAAUAUAACUCCUUUCUACUGUACAUCUUGUCAUUGCAGUCUCUUGGAACGAUCAUGACUUCAAGCUCGAUUACACUUUCUAGCACUUGACGCAUGCGCAGAGCGCUAGAUGGCGUUAUAGGAAGUGUAAUCAAACUUGAAAUCAUGAUUGCAAAGGAGACUGCUGAUGUCAAGAUUUAUUGUGAAAAUGGACUUUAGUCUGUUCUCACCCAAAACCAAUUGCUUCAGAAAUAUCAUAUUUCAUUCCCCCCCACCCGGCAAGUAGUGCUGUGCGCAGUGUGGUGUUUUGAUGUGAUGACAAUUUGUGAUUAAAACACUGGAGUAAUAUGGAUUACUUUUAUGCUUAUGUGCUUUUUGGAGCUUCAAAGAUUUGGUCAGCAUUCACUUGCAUUUUAUAGACCUACAGAGAAGAGAUAUUCUCCUGUAAAUCUUAAUUUUUGUUCUGCAGAAAAAACAAAGUCAUACACAUAUGGGAUGGCAUGAGGGUGAUGGUGAGAGAAUUUAAAUUUUUGGGUGAACUAUCCCUUUAAGCUCAAUUGACAGCAUUUGUGGCCUAACCGGCACUUGAUUACCACAAAAACAAUUAUUGGCCCUCAUUUAUAAAAUAAGAAAAAAAAAAAAAGCAGCAGCAAAAAUGCUUGUUACAGUGAGGCACUUACAAUGCCAUUGAACGGGGCCAGUUCAUAAACAUUAAGAUACACACCGUAAAGCCAAAAUAUGUAAACAUUAUAUUGACUGUAUCACACUAAAAUAAUGUUCACAUGAAUAAUGGGGCUAUACUUUUAAACAGUGUAUAUGGGACUGGCCCCAUUCACUUCCAUUGUAAUUGCCUCACUGUAACCAGGAGUUUUGCUUUUUUCUUUUUUUUUUUUUUUUUUUUAAAUAAAUGAGGUUUGAGUCAAUUAUUUUUUGUGGCAAUCAAAUUAAUACCACAAAUGCUGUCGACUGAGCUUAACUUGCUUUGAACCUGGAACAUUAAUUUGAAGUUAAUUUGGUUAAUCUGUUGUGUAAAAUAUUGUAUGAUUUGGGUUUUAACAUGUGUGAUGAAACUCUGAAUUGAGUACAUGGGUUGAUAUCGCAAUCCACUAUACUGUAUGUAAAUUGUGCUGUACAUUCAGUAAGGAUGGUUUCUUUUUCUCAUUUAAAGGAAGUGCUCUUCAAGUAUCAUUUCUGCAUUGGUGUUGCACUGGUUAG